UGUAAUGGCCGCCGUUCGUGACACAUGUGACAAACGUAAUUUUACCACGAAGUGAUCGUAUUUAGGGUGUUUCAGUGUUAGAAAUUGCCUAGUGAAUGUUCAUAUUAGUUGUGUGAUCGGUGUUUGUAAUGAUUCGGUCGAUGCAGAUGGAGGGAGGCGUAGUUCACCCGCACCCGGGAGCGGUCGGCGUGGUGCACGGCGGAGUGCCGGGAGUCGUGCACGGGAUGCCCGUGCACGGAGCGGGCCCGGACGGCGAGCACGCCCAGCACGGGCCGCGCCGCCGCUACAACAACCGCCCGAAACCGCCUAACAACUUGGAGAGACUUCCGUUAGACGAGGCUGCUAAGAGAGAAAUGGAAUCUCUUCCAAUGAAGACUCCGGUGUCGGUUCUCCAAGAGCUGUUGGCUCGCCGAGGAACUGUGCCUAAGUAUGAACUGGUGCAAAUCGAGGGCAUGAUCCAUGAACCUACAUUCCGUUAUCGAGUGACCGUCGCUGAUCUUGUUGCUAUGGGCACUGGACGCUCCAAGAAGGAGGCCAAGCACUCCGCAGCCAAGGCUCUGCUCGACAAGCUGACUGGUGCUGCCCCGGCUGACCCGCCAGCUAACGGAACCGUGCCUGAGACCACUGGUGCUGUGGUAUCGUCGUUCGAAGACAAGCUGAUGGGCAACCCGGUGGGCUGGCUACAGGAGCUCUGCAUGUCUCGCUUCUGGCCACCGCCUUCCUACCAUGCUGAGAAUGAUGACAAUGUCAAUAGACGCCUCCCGCACGAGCGGCAGUUCACGAUCAUCUGCACGCUGCUGAAGCGGCGCGAGGUGGGCACCGGCAAGUCCAAGAAGCUCGCCAAGCGCCAGGCCGCCUACAAGAUGUGGCAGGCGCUGCAGGACAACCCCCCGGAGUCCUUCCAGCCCGAUGACGAGGGAGUGGCGGCCCGCUACGCCGACCUGAAAGACAGUAAAAUCUCCACUCUGACUACAAGUCACAGCCACAAGGUGUCACAGUUUCACAAGCAUCUCAAACAGUCUGUCGGCCCCAACCUGGCCAAGUUGCAGGUGACCCCGUUGAACAACAAGGACUUCAACUUCGUCCAGUUCCUGCAGGAGAUCGCGUCGGAGCAAUCGUUCGAGGUGACUUACGUGGACAUCGAGGAGAAGUCGAUGACCGGCCGCAGCCAGUGCCUCGUGCAGCUGUCCACGCUGCCGGUAGCCGUGUGCUACGGCAACGGGCUCAGCAGCAAGGACGCGCAGGCCUCCGCCGCGCAGAACGCGCUCGAGUACCUCAAGAUCAUGACCAAGAAGUGAAUCUCCGAGCCGAGCGA